UUCAAUUUCCCCCAUCCCCUUAAUGUGGUGGAACCCCACCAUUGCUUUUAUUUAUACCAACAAUAAUGCCAUACUCCUAUUCAAAAUACGCCUUCCUUUUCAAGCCUCUCGCCCAGCAUUUAUACAUACAAUCCUUCUGCCGGUUCUAUGCAUUUAGCCUUAGCAGUCGCUAGCUCAUCUCUCUUCAUGGCUCUCUUUCUCUCCCUUCUCCUCUUCCUUCUGGCUUCUCCAAGCAAUGCUCAGUGGCCACCUUCUCCUGGCUACUAUCCAAGCUCUAGAUUUAGGUCUAUGAGCUUUCAUGAAGGGUUUAGGAACCUCUGGGGUCCUCAGCACCAAAGAGAUGAACAAAAUGCACUAAAAAUUUGGCUUGACAGUACCUCAGGAAGUGGGUUCAAAUCGGUUCGCCCAUUUCGAUCCGGGUACUUCGGCGCCUCCAUCAAGCUCCAACCUGGUUACACUGCAGGAGUGAUAACAGCAUUCUAUCUUUCGAACAAUGAAGCUCAUCCAGGGUACCACGACGAAGUCGAUAUCGAGUUCCUGGGGACAACAUUUGGGAAGCCAUAUACAUUACAGACUAAUGUUUACAUCAGAGGAAGUGGGGAUGGGAGAAUCAUAGGGAGAGAAAUGAAGUUUCAUCUAUGGUUUGAUCCAACUAAAAACUUUCACCACUAUGCCAUUUUGUGGAGUCCUAAGGAGAUCAUAUUUCUUGUGGAUGAUGUGCCCAUAAGGAGAUACCCCAGGAAGAGUGCAGACACUUUCCCCCAAAGGCCAAUGUGGGUGUAUGGGUCCAUAUGGGACGCCUCGUCAUGGGCCACCGAAGACGGAAAAUACAGGGCAGAUUACCGGUUCCAGCCCUUCGUCGGAUGGUACACCAAUUUCAAGGCCAGCGGUUGCUCCGCCUACUCUACGCCGCGCUGCCGGCCGGUCUCCGCCUCCCCCUACCGCUCCGGCGGGCUGAGCGGACCACAGUACAAAACCAUGAGAUGGGUCCAACGCCAUUACAUGAUCUAUAACUACUGCAAGGACCACAAGAGAGACCAUUCUCUUACGCCCGAGUGCUGGCGCAAAAAGUGACCUUUCCACAUAAACGUCCAUUCACAUUCACCGCCCAAUUUUUUUCCCCUUAAGUAACCAGUGUUUGGGAUUUGAGAUUUUUAAGAAAUUUAAUAUAAUUUUAUAUUG